AGGCGUUUUUUUUUUGUCACGAGAGCAAAGCGCCAAGAAGCCACGUUUUGCGAAAGGUCCGCGUGCGUGCAUUCUACGGCAGAAUCGAAGGGACGUUAAAAUUGAGUCUGGAUCUGUGACGGCUCUUCAUGGCAGUCAGAAGGGGACACAUUAGAUACUUAAAAGACGUAUAUGACAUGUCGAACGGUUAUGAAGAUCACAUGGCCGAUGAGCCUAAAGAUGCCAAAACAAACCUUAUCGUCAAUUACUUGCCUCAAAAUAUGAGUCAAGAUGAGCUGCGGAGUCUCUUCAGCAGCAUUGGGGAGGUGGAAUCUGCUAAACUUAUUCGUGACAAAGUAGCAGGCCACAGUUUAGGGUAUGGAUUUGUUAACUAUCUUAACCCUAGUGAUGCAGAAAGAGCUAUCAGUACUCUCAAUGGACUGAGACUACAGUCUAAAACUAUCAAGGUGUCAUAUGCCAGGCCAAGCUCUGACACCAUAAAGGAUGCCAACCUCUACAUCAGCGGGCUGCCUAAAACAAUGACACAGAAGGAUGUAGAAGACAUGUUUGCACGUUACGGCAAAAUAAUCAACUCUCGUGUGCUUGUUGAUCAAGCAUCAGGACUUUCUCGUGGUGUGGCCUUCAUUCGCUUUGACAAGAGAGCAGAGGCAGAGGAUGCAAUUAAGGACUUAAAUGGGCAGAAGCCACCAGGCGCUACCGAGCCCAUCACUGUAAAAUUUGCUGCCAACCCCAACCAAGCUAAAAACACACAAGUUAUUUCCCAGAUUUAUCACACACCGUCUCGCCGCUUUGGGGGGCCAGUUCAUCACCAGGCCCAGAGAUUCAGGUUCUCCCCUAUGAGUGUGGACCAUAUGAGCGGCAUGUCUGGUGUUAAUGUGCCUGGUAACUCCUCAUCAGGCUGGUGUAUUUUUAUAUACAACCUGGGCCAGGAUGCAGAUGAAGGCAUUCUGUGGCAGAUGUUUGGGCCCUUUGGAGCCGUCACAAAUGUCAAAGUGAUCCGCGACUUCAACACCAAUAAGUGCAAAGGAUUUGGGUUUGUUACCAUGCCAAACUAUGAAGAGGCAGCCAUGGCUAUUGCCAGCCUCAAUGGCUAUCAGGUCGGGGACAAAAUUUUACAAGUGUCGUUCAAAACAAGCAAGUCACACAAGUAGAAAGCAGGGUUACCAGGCAAAUGAUGGAGAGAAGUCCCAUGUUUCCUUCAGAGCCAGAGUGGCUGGCUAAGUUUAAAAAUAAACUUGUUUUUAGUGUAAAGUCUUCGCAAAUUUUCACGUUUUUCUGUCUCGUUUAGACAUCUGUUUAACAGUUUCCUUUUUUUAAGAUUCAAGUUGUUGAAUGCGUCAAAUGCAAGUGUUUUUAGGCAUUCUGGUUGUCCCUAUAUUUGACCAAUUCCAUAUUUGAUAACUAAUUUCUGUCUCGGUCAUUAGCCUGAUAAUGUUGCUAUGUGCCAUGUGUGUGGUCAGACCCUUUAUUCACCAGGUGCUGGCUUUAAGACUCUUGAUUUUCUUUUAUCAGUCAGCAUCUUCCAUUGCUCUUCAGUAUUUAAGAUGCCUUAAUUUUAUGUCUUUUUUUUCCUCUUUGCCCUCAAAUGUAGCACUUUUUAGUUUUACAGGUAUAUCAUUGCUCAUCUUGCAAAAUUGAAUUCUGAUAUUAAAAUCAGAGUUUUAAAUCCAGCAUUCUGAGAGCUCAAUACAUUGAGGCAAUGGCAAAGGAAGAAGAGUAUCUGUGAAAUGUAAUAAGCCUUUGUUCAGUGAGGGAAAAGACUUUUAAAUUGUUAAUCUUUUGUAAGGGACCCUCUGAAAGACCGGUAACUAAGAAGGACCAAAGAUGUAUGGAUGAAAGGUUUAGUUUCCCCAACAGAAAUGCAGGUUGCACAUCCCUUGGCAUAUUCCAAAUAUAUUUGGACAUCAAAAUACUAGGUACUGAGUAUUUGUCAAAAUGUAAUCACAUUUGAACAUCAGCAUCUUCUGUUUAAGGUGUGUUUUUCUUUUUGAUUUUGUUUGAUUUUUUUUCUCUUGUAAAAAACAUACUUUAAGUUUAGGUUGGUUCUUUGAAAAUAGAUAUCCAGUACUAAUCCAUAUGCUUUUUAAGACUGCCUUGUGAUUUAUUAUUUUGUGUUUUGUUCUUUUUCUUUUUGCUUUGUGUUUCCUUUUGGAAUCUUUCAUUUUGAUUGUCUCACAUGGCAUUUCAAAAUCAUUAAAUUUUUUUAUUUUGAAAUUUGUUUUGUUUCCUUUUUUCUUAAUUUUAUGUUUUAUUUAUACAUUCAUAGGCUCCGAAAAAUACACUCAUAUUUACAGAUGCAUUCAGGGCAGUCAGUAGUUUUUAAUCUGCCAGUGACAGUAGUCCACUCUUAAGAACCUCAUUAGAGGAAUACUACAUAAACACAUUUCAUGAUUUUAAUUUUGAUAAAGUAUUUUAACUUGUGUGUGUUUUCGAGGCAUUGGACCAAACUGUAAAGAUACUAUUACAGCUAUCUGACAGUGGUUGACUUCAUUUCACUUGGCCGAUGGAGUGUCAUGAUUGUGUUCGCUUGGUAAAGUGGCCCUUUGUCAAUGGUUCAUUCUCUGCUUUUUCCAUGGGUUUAUACCAGAGGUUCUAAUUUAGGAGUAGUGGUAAAGGUAGAAAGAGGACCCCAGACUCCCGACAAUGUGUAAAAAGUCAAGUCAUAAUCUUUAAACGGUUGUCCAAACAUUGUACAGUCGUAUCCAUCUCAUCCUUUCAGCUUUUACUCCUUAGGUCUUCCGAAUAGCAGCACAUAAAAUCCCACAUAGCUUUGCCUGCAGCUGAGUUAACUUGUGAAUUUGUGAAGUUUCUAAGAAGUGUCUCAUAUGAAACAUUGUUGAUAAUUCUCAGCCGAGACAGUUAUAUGCUCCCUCUUGUACAAGAUUUAAGGUUGGUAUUGUGUGUGCAUAUAUUUAUAUUAUUGGUGACUGUCAUCUUAAUUGGCCUGUACAUUUAUACACUAUAUUCUAUCUUCAGGAUUGUUUUAAGCAGCAGUUUACAGUACUUGGAAGAAUAAGCAUCACCUGUUACUUAAUGGAAUAGUUCACCCACAAAUGAAAAUUCUCUCAUUUCACCCUCAUGCAAUCCCAUAUGUGAAAUACUUUUUCUUCUGCUGAAAACAAAGACUUGUAGAAGAAUGUCUCUGCUCUGUUGGGCCUUACAAUACAAGGGAAUGGUGGCCAGAACUUGAAAGCUCCAAAAUGCACAUAGACAGCAUAAAUGUAAUCCACACGACUACAGUGGUUAAAUCGAUAUAUUCAGAAGUGAUAUGAUAGGUGUGGGUGAGAAACAGAUAUAUUUAAAUAAUUUUUCUUUUACCAUAAUCCUUCACUUUUACUAUAACUCUCCAUAUCAAAGUGGAGAAUUAUGGUUAAAAAAAAAAUGACUUGAUUAUUGAUCUGUUUUCUUACCCACACAAUCAUAUCACUUCUGAAGAUAUGGAUUAAACCACUGGUGUUGUAUGGAUUACUUUUAUGUGGCCUUUGUGAUUUGUGUAGCUUCAGAGCUCUGGUCACCAUUCACUUGCAUUGUAAGGACCAACAGAGCUGAGGUAUUCUUCUGAAAAUCUUUGUGUUCAGCAGAAAGAAGAGUCAUACACAUCUGGGAUGUCAUGAGGGUGAGUAAAUUGAGAAAUUUCAUUUUUGGGUGAACUGUCCCUUUAAGAAAUUGUUCUUGUGAAGUUAUAAGCAUCUUAAUAGAGUAAAGCUUUGGGUUUUUCAUAUCACUUUUGGUUGCAUAUCAUUGGUAUGAAAAACAUUUCACCAUGGCAUUCUCAUUUAGUGGAUUUUUUUUUUUUUUUUUUUUUUUUUGCAUAUUAUGUGCAAUAUUGCACACAAUUCGUUAGUAAUAAGAGUUAUUAAAAUGCAGUAGCCUUUUUACAUGUCCAUCUUUCUUAAAAUCUGAUGUAUUUAAGAUUAAAUUGUCCAAUGUUUAACAGUGCACCAAGAUGCCAGUUGUAAGAAAAUCAAGUAGAAUGUACCAGGUGGUUCAUCGUAUUUAAGCAUUUAUGUAGGAAGCACUAGAAGAUUACUAAAUGGGAGAAUUAUUUAUUUAGAUUAUUGUGUAUGGAUUUAUGUGUUUAUUUAUGAGUGAUUUGAUUUUUUUAAUUACACAUUCUAUAGCAAAAUACAUCUAUUAUGAGCUACUGUCUAACAUGUAGUUGUGAAAUAAAAUAUCAGGCAU